UGUCGAUUGUUCAAUACUGUAUAGUUAACGGUGUAAAGUGCGUGUAUUUUCCAAACAAAGUUAAAAACUACCAUGAUUGACGGAAGUGUUGGUGAAAUAACCACAUUGAUGAAAAGUGCCAAAUACGAAAACCACUGUGAUGAAGCAAAUAUCAUAAAAAAAGAAAACCCUUACUAUAGCAAAAAGUAUGAAGAGUUGUAUAAAAAAUCGAUCAGCUGUCCUGAGGAAUUUUGGUCAGAAGUGGGAAAACUAGUCCAUUGGACAAAACCAUGGGACAGAGUCUUAGACAAUUCGCAUUCGCCUUUUACGAAAUGGUUUGUCGGUGGAGAAAUAAACGCUUGCUACAACGCCGUCGACCGCCACGUAGAAGCCGGGAAAGGUUCCAAAGUCGCGUUAAUCCACGACAGCCCGUUAACCAACAGCGUAAGGAAAAUAACCUACGCGGAACUUCUCGAUCAAGUGUCUCAUUUAGCUGGAGCUUUAGCCAAACUAGGGGUAUCCAAAGGGGACAGAGUGGUCAUCUACAUGCCACUGAUCCCUGAAUGUGUAAUCGCAAUGCUCGCCACUGCCAGACUAGGGGCCGUUCAUUCCGUGGUUUUCGGAGGCUUCGCCGCACGAGAGCUCUGCUCGAGGAUUGUUCACGCCGAGCCCAAAGUAGUAAUAGCGGCCAGUUGCGGAAUAGAACCGAAUAAAGUCGUCCGUUACAAAGACAUCCUUAAUGACGCUAUUGAAUGGUCGUCGCACAAACCCAACAAAUGCAUUAUCUAUCAAAGACGUAACAUCGAAUCCGCGCAUAUCGACGUCGAAAUGGACAUUUUGUGGGAAGACGCUUUGAAAAUGGCCGGACCACACGAUUGUGUCCCCGUGGAUGCUAACGACCCCCUGUAUAUCCUAUACACGUCGGGGACAACAGACAUGCCGAAGGGGAUUCAACGUCCUGUGGGUGGACACAUCGCGACCCUCACCUGGACCAUGAGUAACCUUUACGGAAUGGGACCCAACGACGUCUGGUGGGCGGCUAGUGACUUAGGCUGGGUGGUGGGACACUCCUACAUUUGUUACGGGCCUCUACUAUACGGAAUCACCAGCGUGAUGUACGAAGGCAAACCGGACCGUACCCCAGACCCGGGACAAUAUUUCAGGUGCGCAUUUUACAUUCGUAAGACUCGUCUAACUUUGAAACGCAGGAUCAUCAGCGAUUAUAAAGUCAACGCGAUCUUUACCGUCCCUACCGCGUUCCGCGUCAUCCACCGCGAAGAUCCCGAAAACGAGUUCGGACGGAAGUACCCGGUGGGUACCUUGAGGUCGAUUUUCGUGGCCGGGGAACACUGCGACUAUGAAACUAAAUCCUGGGCUGAGAAAACCUUCAACGUGCCGGUGUUGAACCACUGGUGGCAAACCGAAACGGGUCACGCCAUAACCGCCACUUGUAUCGGUCUGGGUCACAACCUCAGUCCCCCGAAAUACACCACGGGGAUGCCGUUCCCGGGCUACGACAUCCGGGUUUUGGGGGUCGACGGCAGCGAGGCGCCUUGUCACGAGCUGGGUCGGAUCGUAGUCAAGCUACCCCUACCCCCAGGGACCAUGUCCACCCUUUACCAGUCUCCGGAGAGGUUCUGUCAAGUGUACUUCAGCAAGUAUCGGGGCUACUACGAUACCAUGGACGCCGGGUAUAGAGACGAGUACGGAUAUAUCUACGUCACGGCUAGGGACGACGACGUGAUCAACGUGGCAGGUCACAGAAUUUCCACCUCCGCUCUCGAGGACGUGGUUUUAUCUCACCCAGAUGUCGCUGACGCCACAGUUGUGGGCGUGCCGGAAUCCACCAAGGGCGAGAUUCCGCUGUGCUUAUACGUCAUUAGGAAAAGUAUGAAGGGGGGAGGUUUUUGUCGUUUGUUUAUAGUUUUUUUAGAUGCUAGGAAGACGGAGGCUACGAUAACGCGCGAUUUGUUGAGAAUGGUGAGAGAGUUGGUGGGGCCGAUUGCAGCUUUUCGUAUGGCGGCAGCCGUGAGAGGUCUGCCUCGCACUCGGUCGGGGAAAGUGUGCAGGAAAUCUAUAAGUGAUUUAGCGAGAGAUAAGGAAGUGAAGAUUUCGGGCACUGUAGAAGAUCCAACAGUUUACAAAGAUAUUAAGGUUGCUCUCCAAAAACUGGGCUUCGCACAUAGUGCGCCGGAUCCCCAGUGA